CCGGUCCCCGCCCCAUCCCGGCGGCGUGUUUCCCCUCCGGCCCGCCGGUCUUCAGCCAUGGCGGUCGCGGCGCUGCAGCUGAGGCAGAUCCUGUGCCCGGGGGCGCGCGCCCUGCGCACCUUCGCCUCAGCGGCCAGGCCCGCGGACUCGGGAGCCGGCCCGCGUCCAGCAUCCAGAGGUGAAAGGCCAAUGAGAAGAAAGGCACUACCUCCUAGGACAGAGAAGAUGGAUGUUGACCAGGACUGGCCCAGUGUUUACCCUGUUGCGAUGCCAUUUAAACCCUCUGCUGUUCCUCUGCCUGUUCGAAUGGGGUAUCCAGUAAAGAAGGGUGUGCCCAUGGCAAAGGAGGGGAAUCUAGAGCUUUUAAAGACCUCCAGGUCUUCUAUGGUUGUAAUGAGAUUAAAGGCGUAUGUCUCCGUGCUGGUGGUAUCCUUGAACACACAGAGAUCUGCCUGUCAUGUGAUUGGAUUAAGGAUAUGUGCUACCACUGCCAGACUUCUGCUGUGGCUUGCUAUUAGCUCUGACCCCCAGAUCCCGAAUUUUCUGCAUUUGACUCCUGUGGCGAUUAAAAGGCACUGUGAAGCUCUCAAAGAUUUCUGCACUGAGUGGCCAGCUGCACUAGACAGUGAUGAGAAGUGUGAAAAGCAUUUUCCAAUUGAGAUUGACACAGCGGAUUAUGUGUCGUCAGGACCGUCUAUUCGAAACCCCAAAGCACGAGUGGUAACAUUAAGGGUUAAACUUUCCAGUUUGAAUUUAGACAACCAUGCAAAGAAGAAACUUAUUAAACUUGUAGGAGAGAGGUAUUGCAAGACAACUGAUGUGCUCACUAUCACCACAGACAGAUGCCCUUUGAAGAGGCAGAACUAUGACUAUGCGCUGUAUCUCCUCACAGUCCUGUACCACGAGUCUUGGAAAACUGAAGAAUGGGAAAAAAAUAAGACUGAGGAAGACAUGGAAGAGUAUGUGUGGGAAAAUAGCUCCUCAGAGAAAAAUGUUCUCCAAACUCUGCUGCAGAUGAGAGCCUCUGAGAGCAGUGUGGCUCCGAGCAGGGAAGAGCUGCUGGGGACCAGAGAGGUCGAAGAUUACCAGAAGUGUGUUGUUCGACUCAAGAAUGAGGGCGAGAGCGAGGCGAGCCUCACGCAGUACAAAGAGUCUGUGAAGAGACUGUUGAAUCUGGCGUGAAGUCGGAACUAGAAGUCUGCUGUAUCACUUUUAUGAUGUUUUUAGUCACCAAUUUGAUAUAAAUGGGAAAUAUUUAAGAAUAUUGUCUGUUGUCAGUUAACGUUGCCCCCUUCAGACGCCUGAGCUCUGCAGUGUGCUUUUGGGGCUUUCUGGUUUACCCGAGGGUGGUGACGCCUGCAGCAGGCUGUGCUUUCUCUAAAGUGUUCUCGCUUUAGUUCUACACGGCCACUCUAGUCCUCUCUGCUUACAUGAACAUAACUGUCUCUCUGCUGUUGGUGUUUCCUGGUUGCUUGUGAUCGGUGUCUUUGGUUACUGAGGAAACCUGGCCCAGCACCUGACCAAACGCUCAGUGCCCCUCAGUGGCCAGCCUCAAGGAGGGCUGCACUCUUCCACAGACAGCAGCUAGGCAACCGUGUUACUCAUGACUGCUCCAGCUCUGUACAUGCACUGCUCUGCCAUAUAGACGUCAUUUAACAGCAGACAGGAAACUUGCAGGUAGCUAUCCCUUUGUUAUUGGCCUUUCCAGUUUGCUUUGCACAACUGCAUACCCUCGGUGGACGCAACAAAACACCAACACUGAUGUAAAUCGGGUUUCGUUAUGAGAACAGAAAAUAAAGUGACAA